AUGGCUGGAAUUCAAGCCCUGAGGUUCUUCCUUCUCUGCCUGGCACCGGCUCUUUCACCUGCUGUGAAGAUCAAUGCCAAAGGCCGGGAGGUCAUCUACCUGGCCAAGGGGGAGUCGGUGAAGUUGGGGUGUCCGUUUGAACUGGAACCCCAAGAUGAUGGCCCCAGUGACUUAGAUAUUGAGUGGACACAGAUGAAUGCUGAUCCCACCAAUUUGGACAAUGUGAUCUUGAGCUACCAAGGCCAACAAGUGAUACAUCCCGGAUACCCAUAUUUUCAUCCCAGGGGAGCGUCAGGAAGCCAAGAUGCCGUCCGUUUUAGUAAUCCGAGCGAAGACGGUCGCAUGUUUGGGUCGGCCAAUGAUUGCUGCAAUGGCUUACAACAGCGGGUCAACUUCGCGGUCCCGGAUCCGAGCAAGUACGACGCAUCCAUCAACCUCCAAAAUGUUCAGGUUUCCGACUCGGCCACCUACGAGUGCAAAGUGAAGAAGACUUCGGUGGCCACUCGUAAAGUGACUGUCAGGGUGCUCGAAAAGCCCUCCACGCCACAUUGUGCCAUCUCAGGCAAGGUUUUCCUCGGCAACGAAGUCACGCUCCGCUGUAGCUCUCAAGCCGGCAGCCCUCUGCUCAUGUACCGCUGGACCAAAUUGGCAGACUACCCCAUAGAGAGUGGGCUGCCCGCGAACACCAUGGCAGGUUCCAGUCCUGGGGAUUUGGUCAUUCACAAAGUAUCACCUAACCAUCUUGGGGUUUACCAGUGCAUCGUCUCCAACAAAGUUGGGUCAGCUCGCUGCACCUUGGAAGUCUCCCAUGAUUCCCCCCUCCUGACCAUCAUCGUGGGAGCGGUGCUGGGCUCCCUGCUUUUCCUGGUGCUCCUCAUCUGUCUCAUCGUCUGCCUUCUCCGCUGUUGCAAGAAGAAGAAGAAGAGGGAUUGCGGGAAGGAAUCCAGCCAAAUCAGAGUAGACACCGCUGCACCCCGUCCCAGACAGGAGAGCCGUAACAGCAGUUUACGAUCCGUUUUGGGGUACAUCCCCCAUAACAUCAACUUCAUGCAACGCCGGAAAUACGAGUCCCCCCGGGAACAAGAAGGGGUGGAGAUGGUCUCUGCGAGUCAAGACCCAGAGCCGAGUUCGAAUUCCUGCGCCUCGCCCCCAUCCAGUGGCCAUCCUUCCACGGUCACCACCAAGGCUCGGGUUCACUACGACCCCUGCGGACCUUCCUACAGCCACGGAAAAUCCUCCGCCUCGGCUUCUUCUAACCUUCCGUGCCAUGAGAGUCCGAAUUCAGAUUCUCCCACUUGUGACCGGGAGGCAACUCACGGAAAAAGGAGUCACCCGGGACAAUUUGGCGGUGUUCCCGUAAUGAUGCAGGCUAAAACCCGCGAAGGACUCGUCAUUUAA